AGUAAAUCCGCGGAGAUUGAUAGUGAAGAAUGAGAAACACUGAUCGUAUUCAAAUCCCUUACGUUAAUACUGUAAUAAGGAGACAUUCUUUAAAACAAUUACGAAAGUCGUGAAUGUACAAGCAUUAGCACCCCUGAAGAAACAACUGAGCUUCAAGUUUUGAAUCAGAAGGACAAAGAUGGCUACAUUUGAAGAUUAUUGUGUAAUAACCCAGGAGGACUUGGAUGGUCUUAAAGAUUGCAUAUCUACCCAGGAUCUCCCUUCAGUGGUAAACACAAUCAAGGAGUACUUUAAACAGCAGGAUCUUGUAGAACUAAACAUUGGUGUGACGGGAGAGUCUGGCUCUGGAAAGUCCACGUUUGUCAAUGCGUUCAGGGGUUUAGGAGAUGAAGAAGAGGGCUCUGCUAAAACUGGUGUAGUGGAGACCACUAUAGAACCAGAGGUUUACCUUCACCCAAAAUACAAAAAUGUGAAAGUGUGGGAUCUUCCUGGCAUUGGAACGCCAAACUUUAAAGCUGAUGAGUAUCUUGAACGGGUUGAGUUUAAGCGUUAUGAUUUUUUCAUCAUCAUUGCUUCAGAUCGGUUCAGAGAAUGCCACACUCAGCUGGCCAAAGAGAUCAUGAGGAUGGGGAAAACGUUUUAUUUUGUUCGUUCCAAGACUGACUUGAGCAUUGAGGCUGAAAAGAGAAAGAAAAACUUUGACCUGAAUAAGACACUGGAUACUAUCCGAAAGGACUGUGAAAACGGUCUGAGAAAGAUCGGUAUAGAAGAUCCUGUUGUGUUUCUGAUCUCUGGAUGGGAGCUUGGAAAGUAUGAUUUAAAUGUUCUGCAGGAGAGGAUGGAGAAGGAGCUUCCACAGCAUAAGAGACGAGUGCUGAUGUUGGCUUUGCCAAAUAUUACACUGGAGAUUAAUGAGAAAAAGAAGAAAGCUCUCGAGGAAAACAUUGUAAAAGUUGCCCUUCUGUCUGCUUGUGUGGCUACUGUUCCUGUUCCUGGUCUAUCAAUUGCUGUGGAUUUAGCCAUCAUAGCAGUUGAGAUAGAGAAAUACUGCAAUGCCUUUGGUCUUGAUAGGGAGUCUGUGGAGAAGCUCUGUGAAAAAUAUGGGAAGAGAAUAGAGACUGUAGAGGGUCUGAUUAAGUCAGCUUGGUAUAAAGGAAUAUGCACAGGUUCAGUGGUAACCUUACUAAGAGACGUAUCCUUUCUGAUGACAGAAGAUGCUGUUGAAUCUGUUGUUAGGUUUGUACCAAUUUUAGGUGCUAUAGCCGCAGGAGCAAUGUCCUUUUGGUCUGUGUCAACAAUGCUGAAGAGUGCUCUGAAUGACAUAGCAGAAGAUGCCAGGAAUGUGCUGAUGGGUUUGCUAGAGACUGAAGUUUAAUCAGACAGAUUUUAAUGUACCAGAUAUUUAAAGUGGUUGCCAGAUUUAUAACACUGAAUACUUAAAAGGUAAUUCUUUUGGAAAGAGCACAAUAGUUCUGGCACAUUUUAUUCACAGAAUUUUAAUAGGCAAUUAUGAUAAAUGUGUGUUAUAAUGAUUUUUGCUUUAGAUGAGAAAAGCAAUAAUAUAAAUCCAUAUUAAACAAUAAAUACUAAAACAAUACCAAAUCAGAAGACUGAAAAAAAAUAUACAAAACUG